CCCGUGUUUUUAUUAACCUGCUUUGGAUAUUGCAUCAUUACGUGCCCGUUGUUAUAUCAUCUCCGCUCGGCCUUUGACCAAUUACACCAAGAUUGCCUGGGUGCAACCUGAGCUGUGUCUUUGUAUGGGAACAGGUUGUGCACGAGACCAUCAGUCUAACAAGAGAAAAUGCUGAGGUUGCAGUUUAUUACAACUGCUUCUAAUGCUGCUCGGCUAUGCUUUCGCGACGGUCUGAAGAUCGAUGUCAAUUCAACAUUUCGGCAUGCACUGCAAGCGAGGACGUUUUCUUCUUCACCUACGAUAAAUGCAGAUUCAAAGGAUUUGACAAAGGGACCAAAUCCAAAUGAGGAAUCAAAGGAUUCUGCAGAGCCAUCAUCACAUGAUACAAGUCAGAAGAUGGUCCGAGUGCACUACCUGGACAAGAAGACACUGGUCUGGGACAAGCGCUACAAGUCGGUGGACGACGUUCCGGCCAUGCUGCCGUACCAGACGGUGGUGCAGUCGCGCAACCGAUUCCGCAUCCGCAUCAACCUGCUGAUGAUCGCGCUCACCGUGCUGGCCGCGAUCGGCAUGGUCUAUACGGGCAAGGAGCGCGCCAAGGCCGGCGAAUCGGUCGAGAGGCGCACGAUCGAGCGGCACCGCCAGCUGCGCGCGCAGAAGGCGGAAGAGGACCGGCUGAGCGCGGCCGUACAGUCGGCCGGGCCCGACAAGUAAGUGACGCCUAGGUUGGUUGGCGAGCGGCUCAGUUUUGAGAGAGUCAGUGCAAAAGGUGGCUUGUGUAAGCUUAGAUGAUCCUGGCGCGGAUGGCGCAUAGUGACACUUGUUUGAGUGAUUUGGGGCACGUGGUUCGAUGCAAACUGUGGUGGCCAGCGAAGUGGUAGGCGCCUGCGGCCGUUUUCGGCGGGUCACUUCCGUGGCGUGACUGGCGGCGCUAGUUAUGAAAGCAAUGUGACGUCUUCUCUCGCCAGUACCGGGUGUCGUGAUUGGCGCCGCGUUUCGUGAUAGUGUAUUGCAGGGUAUUGAAGGAAUUGGCACGCGAAUUGUUCGCUUGAUGCCAUCUCGAUGGUUCGGGAAAUUCCGGCCUGGUAUAGAUUGCUGGCAUGCGAAGCAAAUCGAAGCAUAGAAAGAAAUCGUACCCGUGACGCGCCGACGUGGUAAUGAGGACUUUGCAACAAUGUGGUAAUGACGAAUAAAUGCAUAUGUUCUGAGUGA